AUUGUCGUGUAGAACAUUCGUAGGUAAAGUGUUAUAUUUAACGUAUAAAAAUUUAGUUUAACACCACAGAGAUUGGAAACCGUGAAGUAGUGUAACAUUAAUUUGAAAUUAUCGCCCCUUAUUGUUACGUUGAAGAAAUUGUGUGACAAGUAGGAUUCCGUGUGAGAAUUAUGAAAGUUUUCAAAUAAAUCAUUACUUAUUUGUACAGAAACACGUCACUUUGUAUGUUGUGACCGCCUGAGAGAAAUGGAGUCGACUUUUAAAAAAAGGCCAGGGACAACUGAUAAAGGCAGAGAUUAUGAAGAUGUGGUUCUCGCCAAUGUUGUACUAAGACUAUUAAACAACCCCAGAGUAAAAACGUUCCAGAUUUCAUCAAACGAUGAUGAUUUUGGGGCGUUUGAUGAUCUGGUCAUUAACCUUGCAUCGGAUAAAGAAAACGAUACUCAAGUUAAAGCGGUGCAGUUAAAACACACCGAGAGGAAAGUACUCACUCUAGAAAAUUUGCGAACCGUAAAAGGAGACUUCAGUAUUAGCAAAUACUUUAAAAGUUACAAAGAAAUUAAGAAAAAUAUAGAUGAGUUAAUUUUGUUCACAAAUAGGCCGUUUAAUCCUCCCGACAACGCAACAUUCCACCUUGACGGCCAAGAAUUUUACGUCAAGCUUAUUAAAAGAGAAGUCAACUCAGACAUUUCAGAAAAUAUUAGUCACGUCUAUCAGUUUGAAAUAGUAGAUGAUCAAUCGACAGUAGAGAAUAUUCCUAGAAUUCAAGAAUAUCAGGAUUUUUUUCGCAAGUUUUUUCUGUAUACCGACCAAGAAAAUUGUGAUACUCUGAAAAAAAUAACAGCUAAUAAAUUCAAGAUAACAUAUUGUUCAGAUGACGAACAAUUCGGUAAAUUCCUCAGAACAGUUUCUGAAUGGAACGUCCAAGAUGGGAAAAAAGAAAAGAUAGAUAAAAAGUGGACUCAGUUGGUUUUUGCGCUACACCUUCUGUCCUCUCAUACUGAGUCUCUAUCUUUCGGUCCAGUUAAUGACAAAAUGAAAAUUUUUCGGGAAGCGAUUUCCUUCUUUGAUGUCACAGUGAUUGAAGAGGAAUCAGUCGAAACGGUUAAACAACUGUGGGGUGAUGUCGGAAAAGAAAAAACUGUUGACUUUAAGGAAUUAAAUAAAGUUAGAAGGAGAUAUCUACCUACUCUCGGACAUAUUGAUAACACCGAUAUCGGCAACAUAGAUCCUAAGGUAUUGACCCAAUUGCUGUGGGUAAUGGACGAAUGUCCAUUAAUAUUACGUGAAUGGGAAAAGAUGAAAAAUAUAAUACAGCUGUGUCCCCACAAAAAAUUCGUUUUGGUUGGCGGAACUAAAGAUGCAGAAUGGGUGAAAAAGUAUUCCGUCUUCCAAAAUCUGUCAGACUUGAGUUUGAAGCCCGAAAUUCGUAAAAAUAUAAUGCAAAAUUUUACCAUUUCGAUUCAGGGAAAGGGCGAACUUGAUCUUGUAACAUCGUUUGGCAAUUGCGAAGAUUUUUUCCAAAAUGUUACAACUGAUAAUCUGUCUGAAAUGCUGAACGGUCCAUACCGUAUAGGAGGAGUAAAGGAAACACUACCUCAACCAUACAUAGAACGGUACAUUUCGCGAAAUGUUGUUGAUAAUACAUAUUUAGUAAAAGUUCACGAAAACACAAUUAUUAUUUUAAAUUGUGCGAAUAAUUUAGACAAAGUUAAAAGCAAACUCUAUAACUGUGAAUUAAUUGACAUUAAUAACUUCUUAUUGAAAAGAAAUCAGAAUGGCGAAAAUUUAACAAAUAAUGAGUUUAACGUUAAUGAACCGGAUUUUGCUAACAGAAAUUACGUAGGUAACAGGAAAAAAAUUGAGUUAAAUUCUAAUCUCAACGACAACAAUAAAUUUAGCUUUGAUAAAUCAAGUUUUACCAACAAAGUUUACGUUGGUACUAGACAUUAUAAUGAUUUUGAACUUCAACAAAUUUAUAACGAGCAUAAAAAAACAAAACAGUUUCAUUAUUUUAAAAUUUUGAGUGACGGAAAUUUAGAAUGGCUAUGCAGCAGAGGUGAUAUUAGUGAUGUAGAAGCUUACAAAUUGCCCGACGAAUAUCCUACCGAGGAAAAUGCCUUGUGGUCUUCUCGGUUAGACUAUAACAUCAGUCUUAUAAUUGGAGAUCCGGGAAUGGGUAAAAGUGAAUUAGUGAAAAGCUUAAAAAAUACAUGUUCUCGCGAAUACUGGACAGUUUUAAUUAGUCCCAAGGAUGUUAAUUUAUUUUUUCGCAAUCUCGACUUCUCUAAAACGGAUAAUUGUUCAGAUUUAUUUGUAAAAUUCAUUACAAAUAAAAAAUAUGAGUGGCUCCAAAAACUAGAUCUAAUGUUUUUCGAAAUGUGUAUAAAAAAAAAAAAUGUAAUUUACGUGUGGGACGCACUCGAUGAAAUCUUAAGUGAUAAUUUAGAUGCCGCUUUAAAUAUAAUCCUCCAUCUUUCAACAAAAGGGUUCCGUCAGUGGGUUACAAGCAGACGACAUUUAAAAUCAACUCUAGAAAAUAAAUUCAAUUUGUUGUCACUUAGUAUAAAUCAAUUUAACGAACAAGAACAAGAACAAUAUAUCAGAAAACGUCUAGAAUCUCACAGUAUUGACGUAACGCUGGAAAAAAUCAAAUCAUCUUUUGCGAUUGUAGAACACAUAGAUAUACUAGGUAUCCCUCUUCAAAUUUUCAUGCUUACCGAACUGUUCCGUGAAAAUAACGAAAAAUAUUUGAAACUUAUGGACAACACAUUCGUCUUGACUGACCUUUACGAAUAUUUUAUUCAGGAAAAAUUUAAUAACUUUUACAAAGACAAAAUUGGAUAUGAUUUAGGAAAUGCCCGAAUGGAAGUUAUAGUCAGUGAAAAAAAGCGAAAGGCUUCAGAAUAUUACGAAAAUGUCUCUUUUAGGGUAAUAUUUGAGGAAGAAAUUAUGCAGCGAUUGAAUAUUAAUUACGAAAAAUCCGUACAAAAACUUUUACGAAAUUAUGCCUCUCUGGGACUUGUAAAUGAUUUUCAAAAUAAUGUCCCACGUUUUGUACACAGUUCCCUCGCUGAAUAUCUAGUUGCUAGGUACUUUUCAAAAAAUAUUAAUAAUUUUAAAGAGACAAUUGCGGACUUGUUGUUUGACGCAAGGUAUAAUAACGUUCGAUUCUUUUUUGACAUGUUGUUGGCUAAAAACUCAAAAGCUCACAUUGCUGUAUUGUAUAAACGUUACGAAUUACUUAAAACGUACGACGACGAAAUUUUGAAUUGCAAAGAUAAAGGUGGCAGAAGUGUUUUACACUUGAUUUCGUCAUGGGGGCAAAGACAUCCGCGUGUAACAAUAACGCAUGUACAGAACAAGUGUAUUGUGCACGAAAAUAGCAAUUUCAAUAAAAAAGCGGAGAACGAAAUAUACUUUGACACGUUAACGUAUUUGCAAAUUAUGAAUGAUGGUGGCGAACGUGAUAAGUUGUUAGAUGAGACUCCUUUGUCUUAUGCCCGAAAAAGUGAGAGCCUAGGAGCACAAAUACAAUUACUUCAAACAAAAAAAGAUCAAUUGAGACAAUCUCGUGAUGACAUAAUUAAUGUUAUAUAUUAUUCUGCUUUACUGGGUUACGACAACGUGUGUAAACACCUUACAGUUGAAGAGUUGAAUCAUUUUUUGAGCGAAGUGGGUAUUGUUACUGCUGAAAAUGCUGAAACACCUCUAUGGCUGGCGUCUCAAAACGGCAAUUUAAAAAUCGUUGACUAUUUUGUAAGAUCUGGUGUCGACAUCAAUUGUGUUAAUACAUUCGGUGAGACACCACUUUACGUCGCUUCUCGAAAUGGUCACGAAAAAGUUGUCGAAUACUUGGCGACAGUCGGCGCCGAUAUCGAUUGCCCCAAUGAUGACGGUUGGACACCACUGCACAUGGCUUCCCUAAACGGCAACGUAAAUAUUGUCGAAUACUUGGCAACUGUCGGCGCCAAGAUCAGUCGCCCUAAUAUUGAUGGUUGUACACCACUUCACUUGGCUGCCCUUAAGGGCAACCUAAAGGUUGUUGAAUACUUGGCGAUUGUCGGCGCCAAGAUAAAUCGGCCUAGUAAUGACGGUUUAACACCACUACACAUGGCUUCCUUUAACGGCAACGAAAAGGUUGUCGAAUACUUGGCGACUGUCGGCGCCAAGAUAAAUCGGCCUAGUAAGGAAGGUUUAACACCACUACACAUGGCUUCCUUUAACGGCCACAAAAAGGUUGUCGAAUACUUGGCAACACUCGACGCCGAAAUCAAUCGCGCUGAUAAUGACGGUCGAACACCACUUCACAUAGCUACUGCAAACGGCCACGAAAAAGUUGUCGAAGACUUGACGAGAGUCGGCGCCGAAAUUAAUCGCGCUGACAAUGAUGGUUGGACAUCACUUCACAUAGCUUCACAAAAUGGUCACGAAAAAGUUGUCGAAUGCUUGACGAGAGUCGGCGCCGAAAUAAAUCGCGCUAAGAAUGACGGUGCGACACCACUUUCCAUAGCAUCACAAAACGGUCACGAGAAAGUUGUGGAAUACCUGGCAAUAGUCGGCGCCGAAGUCAAUCGUGCUACGAAUGACGGGCGAACAGCGCUUUACGUAGCUUCCGCAAACGGUCAUCAAAAAGUUGUCAAAUACUUGGUAACAGUUGGCACAGAAAUCAAUCGCGCUGAUAAUGACGGUUGGACACCAUUUCACAUAGCUUCACAAAACGGUCAAGAGACAGUUGUCGAAUACUUGGUGACAGUCGGCGCUGAAAUCAAUUGUGCUGAUAAUGACGCUCAAACACCACUUCAUAUAGCUUCCGCAAACGGCCACGAGAAAGUGGUCGAAUACUUGGCCACAGUUGGCGCCGAAAUCAAUCGUGCUGAUAAUGAUGGUCGAACACCACUUCACAUUGCUUCACGAAACGGUCACGAAAAAGUUGUCGAAUACUUGGUGGCAGUCGGCACCGGAAUCAAUCGUCCUGAUAAUGAGGGUCAAACACCACUUUACAUAGCUUCCUCACACGGCCACGACAAAGUUGUCGAAUAUUUGGCGACAGCCGGCGCCGAAAUCAAUUGCGCUAUUAAUGACGGUCGAACAGCACUUUAUAUAGCUUCCGCAAACGGUCACCAAAAAGUUGUCGAAUACUUGGCUACAAUCGGCGCUGAAAUCAAUCGCACUGACAAUGACGCUUGGACACCAUUUCACAUAGCUUCACAAAACCGUCACAUAAAAAUUGUCGAAUACUUGGUGACUGUCGGUGCCCAAAUCAAUCGAGCUGAUAAUGACGGUUGGACACCACUUCGCAUAGCUUCACAAAACGGUCACCUAAAAGUUGUCGAGUACUUGACGACAGUCGGCGCCGAAAUCAAUCUUGCUGAUAAUGACAGUUGGACUCCACUUCACAUAGCUUCACAAAACGGUCUCCAAAAGGUUGUCGAGUACUUGGCGACAGUAGGCGCGGAAAUUAAUCGCGCUCAGAAUGACGGUUGGACACCACUUCACACAGCUUGUUUCAACGGCCACCAAAAAGUUGUCGAAUACUUGACGACAGUCGGCGCCGAUAUCAAUCGCGCUAAUAAUGACGGGUGGGCACCACUUCACGUAGCUUCCUUCAACGGCCACGAAAAAGUUGUGGACUAUCUGGUGACAGACGGCGCCGAUAGGAAUCACCCUAUUAAUGACGGUCGAACACCAAUUUACAUAGCUUCCACACAAGGCCACGAAAGAGUUGUGGAAUAUUUGGCGACAGUCGGCGCCGAAAUUAAUCGCGCUGAUAAUGAUGGUUGGACACCACUUCACAUAGCUUCACAAAACGGUCAUAAAAAAAUUGCACAAUACUUGGUGACACUGGGCGCCGAAAUCAAUCGUGUGGACAAUGAGGGUUGCACACCACUUCACAUAGCUUCCUUCAACGGCCAAGAAAAAGUUGUCGAGUACUUGGUGACAGUCGGCGCCGAAAUCAAUCGUGCUGAUAAUGACGGAAAAACACCACUUGACGUAGCCUCCGAAAAAGGUCACAAAGAACUUGUGGAAUGUUUAACAAGAGCCGGCGCUCAAACCGGACAUAAUUUAAUAUUAGACUGAAGCUCAGAAUACGGAUAUUUCCACCUUGAGCGAAAAUGCAUUUCCUUGUGAGUUGUCUCAAAUUUUCCUUUUAUUUAUUAACUGAUAAGUUUUUGUGGGACCCCUCUCCGAAAAAAUAAGUACCUGAGCAAACUGUUUGCAACCAUGCCGUCGAUCACUGCAUUUCAGCUGUGCAGGAGUCACUUCUGAAGAUCAUGUACUGCAACCAUCGCAUAAAAGUAAUAGCCGAAAUUUUGCUUCUAAAUUUACCAUUUUUCUACACAAAUCUAAACUCUUUGUUUGCUAAAUUUGAUGAAUUCCUUGUUGUUGUUCAUCUAACGGUAUCUCAAAACAAGAACAAAAUGUUGUUGAUUGUUCUCUUGUCAAUGAUUUUACAUCUGAAUCAAAACUUAACUUGCCAAUUGUUCCACCGGUUCAUCUUGGUAAAUUUGAUGCAACAAAUGUCAACAGAGCGCGUCCUAUUUAAGUUACAUUGUCCAGUCCUGAAGAUGUUUCAAGUAUGAUCAAAAACUUUAAAACUUUAAAAUCAAUGGGUAAAUGGUCUCACAUUAACAUCUCAAUGGAUCGUACUCCUAUGCAAAUUAAUGCAUAUAAAUCGCUAAGGGCAGCACUUGACAAUCGUUUGGCUCAGGGUGAAAAAAAUCUGAAAAUUCAAUAUCGUAAUGGCAUACCUACUACUAUUGCAAACUUGUCGGAAAACUAGAUCAGUCCAGCAGGUAUUCAACACUAAGUCUGUAUUACCAAAAUGUUCGUGGACUUCCUUCCAAAUCUCAUUCUUUUUACGUCAGUUGUUGCGAUCUGUCUUUUGACAUUAUCGCAAUUAGUGAAACUUGGUUACAUGAUUCCAUUCUCACUUCUGAAAUAUUUCCUUCUUAUUAUAGUGUCAUUCGUUGUGAUAGAAAAUUUUCAUUGGUUCGUCCCUCUAGAGGAGGUGGAGUAUUAGUUGGAUUCUCCAUCUAAACUUUAAUUUUGCUAUGCCUAGUAUCACUUCUAAGUUUCCGUUAGCAAAAAAACUUCGCUAUAACUUUCGCAAGGCCAACUUUUUAAAAUUAUAUCAUGACAUCAACAACGCGGAUUGGUCUUUUUUAGAAAGUCAGGAAGAUGUAAAUAUUGCUCUUGAGGGUUUUUAUUCUUGUCUUUAUAAGUUAUUUGAUACAUCUGUUCCACGUGUAACCUCUAGCUCUUCGAAAUUUCCACCUUGGCUUACUUCUGAGAUUAAGCAGAAUAUAAAAACAAAAGACUGUUACGGGAGUAAAUGGAUUAAAUUUAAAGAUUCUAAAUUCUAUAUCGAACUCAAACGAUUAAGAGCUAUUGUUAAAAAACAAAUGGAUAAUGCCUACCAACUGUAUCUAAAUCAUGUCCAGAGCAAUAUCAAAUCUGAUCCUUCAUAUUUAUGGAGCUUUAUACAUUUGAAAAAUGGCACUUCUAGAAUACCGGGUCAGUUAAGAGACAAUAAUGGAAAUAUAUUUUCGGAACCUCAGGAUAUUGUGGAUGCAUUUGCUGCUACCUUUGCCAAUGUAUUUACUGUUAACAACUCUACGCACAUAGAGUCUACUUCUAUUUCUUCAAAUUCUUUCUCAAUGUCUUCCGUCAGCAUAGAGGAUUUAAUUCUGAUCAUGUCAAAUUUAUCCAACAAACAAACAUGUGGUGAUGACUUAGUCCCUAGUUUUUUGAUACGUGACUGUAGAUAUGCACUUAUCCAACCUUUAUCCAUCAUAAUUAACAAGGCACUUAAAACAAGUACAUUCCCGGACCUUUGGAAAAUUGCAAGAAUCAGUCCUAUUUUUAAAAAGGGUGAUCCAUCUUUACUAGCGAACUAUCGUCCUAUUUCCAUUCUAAGCAAAUUUGCCAAAGUUUUUGAACAGGCAUUAUAUAGUUGCAUUUACAAUAAUACUCGUUCGCAUAUCAGUUUAGGACAGCAUGGAUUCAGAACUGAUAGAUCUACAUCUACAAACCUUGCAGUGCUUGUUCAAGAUCUAAGUGUUGCACUUGAUAGACGAGAACAAAUAGACGUAAUAUAUACUGACUUUUCCAGAGCUUUUGAUGUUCUUCCUCACGACAUUCUGUUAGGCAAACUUAAUAACUUUGGAUUUAACUAUCCCCUUCUCAAACUGAUGGAAUCUUACUUAAUAAACCGUAACAACUAUGUAUUUUACAAUGGUUUUACGUCUUUUCGUUUUUUGUCAAGGUCUGGAGUCCCACAAGGCUCUAACCUUGGGCCUCUCCUCUUCAGUCUAUUUAUCAAUGACCUUUUGGAAUAUUUAAAUUGCAGUAUUUUAGCUUAUGCUGAUGAUCUGAAAAUUGAUUCUAAAAUCUCAAGUCUUUAUGAUGCUGAGUUUUUACAACGUGAACUUAUGAAAAUCGUGGAAUGGUACAAUCAAAAUAGACUUAUUAUUAAUAUUAGUAAAUGUUGCUACAUUUCAUAUUGUCGGAAACUUAAUAUCGUUGAUUUUUCUUAUUCAAUAGAAGGUACACCGUUAGAACGAAAAACAUCGAUCAAAGACCUAGGUUUUAAUAGCUGCUUGACUUUUGAUAUUCAUCUUACCAACAUUUGCAAUACUGCAAAUAAAUGGUUGGGGUUUGUCAUGAGAACUUGAAAAUUUUUCAACAACAUUGACGUAAUUAAAUCCCUCUUCUUUGCAUAUGUUCUUUCGAAAUUAGAAUACGCCUCACUAAUAUGGUAUGCCAUAUAUAUGUGUCAGCACAUGCUUCUUGAUAAAGUGCACAGGAAAUUUUUAAAAUUCCUUUCGUUCAAAAUUGAUGGUAAUUAUCCGGACAGAGGUACUGAGAUGGAAAGUUUUCUCCAACGACACAAGAUGUCCUCUUUGAUGGUUCGAAAGGAUCUGCAUGCGGUUAACUUCUUGUGCAAGCUUAUUCACAACAAAAUUGAUUGCCCAUAUUUAUUAUCACAGACUAGUAGAUUUAAUGUCCCUCGGCCAGCAUCGCGAUAUGUUAACACCUUUCAUAUCUCCACCGCCCGAACUAAUCGACGCCAAUUACUACAAUGUGUCGAUGUGCAGAUAGAUAUGUAGCUGAUAUAUUUUAUUCAAAUUAGUUUAUACUUGGUAUUAUGUUUUUGUUAUUGUUAUAAUUUUUCUGUUGGUUAUUCAUGUAAGUAAUUAUUUGGAUUUGUUCUGUCAUUAGGGUAACCUGUUGGACAAUAAAAUUAUUAUUAUUAUUAUUAUUGCAACUAACCUUUAUGCUUAUCACUGAAACAUAUUUUUCUGUAAAAUUCCCGAUUCUCUUAUUUCUAUUCGUAACUAUACCUAUCGAUGUGACCGCUUAAAUUAAACAGGAGGAGGAUGAAGCAUUUAUAAUAAUCAGAUUGGCUUCAAAGGCUUCAAAAUCACCAACAUCUCGCUUCAUCACAACGGUACAAUCACCUAAUUAUUAUAUUUGAAGACUUUAACUACCCUACUACUGUAUUAGCCUUUUCCUGAUAGGAACACUUUGUUUGAGGAUUUUCUCAACAUCCUAGAAACUGCAAACUUACUUUAGUCAGUCAAUUUACACGCUUCUAGAUCUAAUUUUGACAACCAAUCCUCAACUAUUCAGAGAAAUCAAGUAUAUACCCAAUAUUGGAACAUCCGAUCAUAUAGUAUUACAAAGAAAUAUGCAAAUCGUAUUUGAUAAAUCUAACACCGGACAAUUUUCUUCGCUAUAGACAACACUCGAAGACAGUCAGAAAAAAUCAGACAAUUUAGGUAAAAUUACGAAAAGAAUAUAAUAAACAGCAACUACCAUAAAAAAUUUUACAAGUAUGUUAGAACAACUAUUCCAUCAAAAGUACGCAUUCCCUUACUCAAAAAAUCAAACGGUAACUUAUGUAACUCCGAUUUCGAGGUAGUCGAGCUUUUGGCAAAUACCAACGCAUCGUGAACCAAUGGAAGACUUACCCAUAUUCAGAACAAGCAUUGAAAACCAACUUUGUAAUGCCAAAUUUACUGAAAACAUUGUUUUAUCAUAUAUAUAACUAAAACAAAAAGCAACACUGUCCCAGGUUUAGAUGGCAUACCACUUUAUAAUGUUUUACAAGACAACCUUGUGGUACCCAAACCAUUAGCCACAUUAAUGAAUUCCUCUUUCAAUACCAUUAAUCUACAGAAUAGCACGAUUAUAUAUAUUUGUGAUAUAUCAAACGUAUCUUCUAUCCGGACAAAUGUAUUCACCCAUUCCAGAAUCCUUGAUUAUAAGUUGCGGGGUUAAUUGUAAAACAAAACGUUAUACUUAUUUGUUGAAAAUUCUUCUACGUCACUUCAUCACGUCUGGCUAGUCCUCUGGUGAUGAGUCAUUAGUCAUUACAAAAUAUUUCCUAAUUUGUGACUCCAAUAAGUGCAGCUGCAAAACACUGUAACGACACAUGUUAAAAAAUAACACAUGAAAAAGUUAUUAAUGUCAUUUACAAUAACUGAUAAAGAAAAUUUUUGUAAAAACCAAACAUAAUAAUUGUGUUUUCUCUACAUGGUACCGUUUAGUAUUACUUACAAAUUUGCUGAAUCGAUUUGUAAGAAAAUUGAAAACAAUGAAAUGACAAUACGUCAAUUAAGAAAUGGAAAUAUGUUUAGGUAAAUUUGUUAUAUGUUGUGAAAACAAAAUAAAUUAGAAUAUCAUUUUGCAGGACCCCUUCUUUCUUAAAAUAAGUCCCAUAACGAAAUGCAACACAGUGAUGCGAAAUAACGAAGAUAACAACAUAAAUCAAAGACUCCCACAAUUCACACUUGGGUUUUAGCAUUCCAAUAAAUUUUGAUGUCGAAAUUUUUGACAAAACUCUUACAAAUAUCAAGAGGACAAGACCUGAUGAUUCGAUAAAUUGAUGUAAGGAUUGUGAUUCGACUAAAACGAAACAAUAUUUUCUAUGUUUUCCAUUGUGCUUCCAUUUUUCAAAUACUACUCAUUAAACUUAUCAUGUCGUCAUCUUUGGGAAACCUACGAAGAUAUAGACCGCCUUCUUUUGAAUUCUGUAAAAUCUAUGACACUGUCUCAUGAAGGAAACAUGGUCUCAACGGAGCUUGGACGAUUAUCUUUCUUCCGAAGAAAUGGAAUAAUUCUAAAAGCAACAUCUACAAAUGUUUUUUGAUGUAUUUUUGGACCGUGGCAACUGCACAUCGUAAGAUUUGGGGUUUGGUCUAGACGAAUUUCUGAUGAAGAUUUGGAAAGAAUCACAAUCGUCUUCGAAAAGCAUGACAAAUGUUUUUUGAUUUUGACGUGAGAAGCGCACAACAUAAUGUUUGAGGCUUGGUCUGGACAAAUUUUCUGAUGAAGAAGUUGGGAAGGAUCACCAAAAUAAUAAAUGAUUUUUCUACUUGGCUUCCGCGUUGGAAUCGUCUUCGAAACGCAGGCAUAUUUUUUAUGUUCAAAUUAAAAAAAAUAUGUAUUUUACUCUUUCUUACCAAAUUGUUAUUUUUAUUAAUAAUAGUUUGUAAAAUCUGGAGUCUAUAAUAAUCAGUCUAGUCCAGAAGAAAGUCAAAUAUGUAAACAAAAGUGUCCUAGUUAAAAUGUAAAAACUGUAUAUAUCUUAACUUAGUGGUAGAAUUAUGUUAAAAAACAUGUUCGAAACAUAUUUGUUUUUCUCUUAUUUUAGUAACAACUGGACUUCCAUGUUUAUUAAAUUUAUUAUAAUUA